AGGUGUAUAUUUAGGAACUUGAACCAGUCACAAUUUGGCAUGGUUUUCAUAACACUCUAAUUGUUUAUAUAUUAGUGCCAAAGCUCAACUCUCAUUGGCUUCUAGGAUCUGCUAACUUUUCCCCCCAUUCACUGUUCUUGAAGUUUCUGCAGUUUCUCCUCCCAAAUGAAGUUCUUUAGCUGGAUGCAAAGUAAGAUCAAUGGUGGAAAGCCAAAUCCUGUUUCUCCUGCCCACUAUCACAGAAAGGAGGCUCAGAAAGAAGAGUUCAAAGACUGGCCUGAUAGCCUGCUGGCAAUUGGAACUUUUGGGAACAAUAAUCAGAAGAAAACCCAAGAUUCUGGGGAUUCCCAGAGCCAAAGAGAAGAAAUUCUGCAGGAUAAUGAUGAACAAAGUUCAUCUCCAGAUUUGACAGAAUUCACAGCAGAGGAUGUUGGGAAGCUGCAGAAAGAGCUGACAAAGCUUCUGUCAAGAAAACCGGCUUCCAAACCCGAAUCUGCAGAGAUAAUGAAUAAUGCUGCUGAUCUCCCACUGGACAGAUUCCUCAACUGCCCUUCGAGCCUCGAAGUCGAUCGAAGAAACUCGAGCACGUUGAGCACGAAUUCAGACAACAGCAGUUACGAUUACGAUGAGGACGAAAUAGACCGAACCAUCAGGGUGAUCAUAGGGAGGUGCAAAGAUGUGUGUGAGAAGAGCAGAAAGCAGCAGAAGACCCUUGGCAAAAAAUCUCUCUCUUUUCUCCUAAAGAAAGUGUUUGCUUGCAGAAGUGGCAUUGCUCCCACUCCCAGUCUAAGAGACACAUUUCAAGAAUCAAGAAUGGAAAAGCUUCUUAGGACUAUGCUCUCCAAAAAAGUUUACUCCCAAACUUCUUCUCGCCCCUCGACGUCGAUGAAGAGAUACCUCGAGGACAAACAGACAUCAAGAACUGAUGAAGAAGAGGAGCAAAAGAGGGACAAGACUUGUGAUUCAGGAAGGUGGGACAAGACAGAUUCUGAAUUUAUUGUUCUAGAAAUUUAAGGUAGGCCUCCAGCUUAGGUUCAGAUUGUGGUGAUCUGAAUGCCCUUUUUUCUGAGGAUUAAUGGGAAGACUUGAUGAACUCCAACAUAUGAAGAUAUGAACAAUUAAGCUCUGAUUUAAUCAUGAUGAUGAUGAAGUGAUUGUUUACAACUAAGCAGGCUUAAUUUCUUCUUCUUGUUGUUUUUUUCAUGGUUGUAUCCUUUGAUGGAUGGGUGCAAUACAUGUUAUGUAAUAUUUGUUUUGGGAGCAUUAUGUGAUUUAUGAUGUUCUUGAAAUUUCUAUAAUUUGACUGUGUACUAUAA